UUUGGUAGGCGGACUACAAACUCCAGCAUGCUCCGCAGUCCCUGGCGCAUGCGCGACUUUGAGUCCCACCCCUCCCCCCUCCUUCCAGGGCGCAUGUGCGGCGACGAUGAAGCGUCGAUAAGAGGCGACAGCUGCAGCCUUCAUGAAUACCAGGUCACACAAUGUCUAUGAUCCUAUUUGCCUAUGUUGUCCGGGUGAAGGAUGGGUUGCCACUGUCUGCUUCCACAGACUUUGAAUAUAGUAGAGAUCUGCAAGAAUGUAAAACGCAUCUGAAGAUGGUGUCCAAAAUGCUUGGGCAAUUUCCAGGCCGUGGAACCGUGAAGAACAACCAGCUACAUAUACACUUUACUUCUUCACAGGGCAUUGCCUACAUGACCAUCUGCUGUAGCUACUAUCCCACUACAAUGGCGUUUUGUUUCCUCGAGGAACUUGGAAUGGAGUUUACUUCUUCUGUAGAGGUUGCUAAAGUCCAGCUGGUAUCACGGCCCUACGCUUUUCUUGAAUUUGACAGUGUGAUACAGAAGAUAAAAUGGCAUUAUAACUAUUCAAACCGCCCAUCUUUAAAGAUCAGUGUGACAAAUAUCCAGAGGGAGCUGAAGGUGACACCGCCCCGACAGGUGAAUCUGGAUGAUAUUGUGGUUACCAAUGGGAUUCUUAAUGGAAACCUGCAUUUAUGUUCUGGAUCUGCACCCAGCUACAGACUGGAGCCCGUGAGUACAGUUGGGAUCCUGUCGGUUAUCCUUAAUAUUGUAUGUGGAGCUCUCAAUUUAAUCCGUGGAGUUCAUCUCAUCGAACACAAUUUCCAGGACGGUAAUGAAGAAAAGGGAUCAUUUGUUGCAUUUUUUGUAGCUUUCAUUACCUGUGUACUUCAGUGUUACCUGUACCUGUUCUAUGUGUCGGCCAGGAUGAUCAAGGCACUUGGAGCACUGGCUCUUAUUUGUAUAUGCAACUUUUAUUUAUUUGGGCUGAGGAACUUGUGGCAAAUCCUCUUCCACUUAGGAGUGGCUUGUCUAUCCACACAUCAGAUCUUGAGCAGGAAGCUCACCAAGAGACUUGCUGACUGUGGAGUCUGACCUAUUGAUUGUCUCCGCUGGUGGAAAAGUUCCGUGAUUGAGCUCUCUCAAAUGUGCCUUCAGUAUGUUUGAUAAUGUCGACGCCAUUGUCAUUGCCACAGUUACUGCCCGGACAAAAUGAAGCCAAAGGAACCAAAAACGUUGGUCCUCUUCUCAAAAUGGCAAGUCCAACGAAAGACAAAUGGAAGUUUGUUUGUUGCAAGAAGAUUUUCACAAGUCCAAAAUUUGGUAUGCAGUGAUAAAUCCAGGGGAAUAACUGGAUCGAUACCUCAUGGUUUGCAGUGGGAGAGCUGUGACCAAGUGUAGUCUUUGUGUUUAACUGGCGGGAGAUGUUUAGACCAGGGAAACAUUAUAUGUUCUAUUCUUAUUUUGAAGUUGUACAUUCUGCCCUUUGUAAAUUGUGUUGCUUCAUUUAGCAAGCUGUAGUUGUGUACCUGAGUUCGUGUUGCACUGCUGCCACUUAUGGGCAGGUGGAGUUGCAAAAUGACAAGGGUACUUUUCCCUGCAGAGGCACAAUUUCUGAACGAAAAUCUCUUCAGGAACUCCACAGUUUGAUCACUGGGAUAGUGACACUAAUGAGUGAGAGACAAGCAAGAGAAGGUAACAAGAGAAAAUCUGCAGAUGCUGGAAAUUCAAGCAACGCACACAAAAUGCUGGACGAACUCAGCAGGCCAGGCAGCAUCUAUGAAUAGGAGUCCAAAUGAAAGGUCUUGGUGUAAAACGUCAACUGUUUAUUCCCUUCCAUAGAUGCUGCCUGACCUGCUGAGCUCUUCAGGCAUUUUGUGUGUUGUUUACAUUUUGGAUAGGAAGCUAUGAUAUCCAGUGUGAAUGUUGGCUAGUUAUAGGAAGGGAUGGCCAUCAUAUCCUUCGUGAUCUUUAAGGCUUUUGAUUAGAAAAAGUUUGGGCACUUUCAACCCACUCCACAGGAUGACAUCUGUUCAUACCUUGGAUGUGUCUGACUCACUCAAUUUCAGAAGUGCAAAAGGACUCUGAUAAGGAUGAUUGAAAUUUUAGGGUGGAGAAAGAGAGGAAUCUUCUGUAGUUAAAGGUGGGUUGAGUCUGGAAGGAGGGAAUUUCUUGCUGUAAUUAGAUUGUCCUAUAGUACCUCUGCUCAAAGGUGGAAGCUCUGAAUCAGGUUUAAUAUCACUAACAUAUGUUGUGAAAUUUAUUGUUUUACAGCAGCAGUGCAAUACAUAAAAAUUACUAUGUUACAAUCAGAAAUACUGAAAAAAGUAGCUGAAAAAGUGAGGCAGUGUUCAUAGGUUCAUGGUCUGUUUAGAAAUAGAGUGGAGGGAAGGAAGUUGUUCCUAAAAUGUUAACUGAUGUUUAGCCUGAGGUCUUUAGCUUAUACAUCACUUCUGCUAAUGAUGAACAUAUUGUUACAAGGGUUAAAAGGAAACAAGACUAGUUGGUUACCAUGUCUUAAUAUAUAUGUUUCAAAUAAUAAUACUUGAUUUUAAAACAAAAUAAGAUUGAUUAACCAGAUGGAUAAAAAAAAGUCCUUUAGAAUUCAGCACCAUUAAUCAUGUUGCAGUAAUUUUAUUCUCUGGGGCAGAGGCCAGGGGAUUCACUUUCAGUUAAAUUUGGAAGUAUUGAUAUAUUAAGAACGAUUUGAAGCUGAAUUGUUUGCUCAGAAGCCAGCCAAUCUCCACAAAGGUAUCAAAAUUACUCAAUCAAAUCCUCCUUUGAAACAUGAGAGAUUCCGCAGAUGCUGGAAAUCCUGAGUAACACACACAGAAUGGUGGAGGAACUCAGCAGGUCAGGCAGCAUCUAUGGAGAGGAAUAAAGAGCCGAUGUUUCAGGCCAAGACCCUUCCAUUCUGCCAGGAUCAUGGAGUUCCAGUGUGACUCGUAACUGGUUGCAUCCAGAAGGCACUGAGUCCUAAAAAGAUGCUGUCCACUGCUUCGUCCAGUUGGUUGCAGGUCAUAUGACACAUGAUAUGGCAUACAGUAAACUUGAAAUUGUGGCCCAGGUGGUUUCAUUCACCAGGUAGCCUGGUGAUCUGAAGGGAGCCAGAAGUCCUUGGGAGGUAAAAGAAAUGAUGAAUUGGUAUUGGUUUAUUAUUGUCACAUGUACUGAGCUACAGUGAAACCUUCCUCUGGUGCCCCUUCUCUUUUCCUUUCUCCAUUGUCUACUUUCCUCCCUUAUCAUAUUCCUUCUUCUGCCCUUUUAACUCUUCAAGUUUAAUUGUCAUUCAACCAUACACAUGUAUACAGCUAAACAAAACAUCAUUUCUCUGGGGCCAACAUGCACAACACAGUACAUACAGUCACACACAAUGCAUAUAGUUAUGUAGCACAUACAGUCACAAAAUAAUAUGAGCACAAGUCCAACUAUUAGCUCCCAGCCUCUCACUUCGUCACCCACCUGUCUUCCCCCUCAGUUGAUCUCAGCUAUCAUCUACCAGCUUGUACUUAUUCACCCUCUCCCCUCCAUUUCUCAUUCUUGCUUCUUACCACUUUCUUUUCAGUCUUGAUGAGGGGUCUCAGCCUGAAACGUCAUCUGCUUAUUCCUCUCUAUAGAUGCUGCCUGACCUGCUGAGUUCCUCCAACAUUCUAUGUGUGCUACAGCUUUUGUUUGCAUGCUGUCCAGGUAGAUUCCACCAUAUGUCAAGGUGGUAAAAAGACAAACAAUGAAGAAUAUAACAUUGCUGUUCCAGAGAAAAUAAAGUGCAUUGGACAAAUAAAGUACAGGGGCCAUGAUGAGGUAGAUUGGGAAAUCGGAGUUCAGGAAUGAUAGCAGCGGAAUAGAAAAUAUUUGUAUUCAUCCUGACAUAAUUGGCCGGGCCACAGUUUUCUGCCCCUUUCUGGCUGCUCUUGAGAAGCUGGACGACUGCUGUUUGUGUGCUGUAGAUGUAGGCAUUUUCCAGGAUGAGUCUUCCAGGCAAUGGAGAAAUACGUCCGGAUCAGUCUUCUUGCUUCCUCCACCCUGAAUGCAAAGAGCAUUUGAGUUCUUUCUUUUACAAAUUAUGCAUGCACCAUUAGUGUUUUUAAAUGAGUUCUUUUAUUCAUUGUAUUUAAUCUAUUUCAAAUGUAAAGUCUCAGCUAACAAAUUAGUGUAAGUGCACUAUUGUCUCUGAUGUGUGUGCUGAUUUUAGAUGGCAGUAGGUACAUGCAUUUUGAUGCAAAACUGGUUUUUGUGAUUGGUUCAUGUAUCUAUUGAAUUGAUUAUAAGCUAAGAAUUUGAAAAGUUUACUUGAUAUUUGUCGUAAACUGGGGAGGCAUCCUGCGGUGUGUAUUUGUUAUGUACUGUGCACCUCACGCUGCAGGGCUGACUACUUCAGUGUGCGACUAGUGGAGGUUGGUUCCAAAUUUCCCAUCUUAGGAACUUCUCAACUAGGUGGGGAGUUACCCUACUGAUCUGUCUGUUCUGAAUUACUUUUAUAUUUCUUAUCAAUCUGACACACACUUCCAGCACCCCUCCUGCCCACUCCUCCUCUCCAAAAAUGAUUUGACUCCUUAAAAUGAGCCUAUCACCACCUUUCCAUAAGACCACAAAGCAUAGGAGCAAAAUUAGGACAUUAGAUACAUCAAGUUUGCUCCACUAUUUGAUCAUGGCUGAUUUCCAAAGUACUUGCACCUUGAAUCCCUCUGUCCUAUGUGAUAAAGUUGUUCCUGAGGUGGCUGUGACCACUGGUGAUCACAGAGACUGUAUGGUGCUGCGUGUUAUGUUUGAUUCUUUGGUUGAGUGACACCCAUUUCUUCUCUGGGCAAACCAUACUGCCCCUGAUGUUGCUAAAUGGUCUUCCAUCCAGCUAUGAAACAGGCCUCAGAAGGGAUCAGGUGUUCCCAGACUAGUACAAAUGGGCAUCCUCUCUCUUCACAAUCUGCUCUUCUCUGCGAGGUAACAUAAAGAAGAUCUGACUGGGCCUCAUGGAACUUGACCACCCAUUCACAAAUGAAACCAUUCAAUUGACAUUUAGAUUCAUGGAGUCAUACAGCAGAGAAACAGGCCUUUCUUCCCACUUCAUUGUACUUCAGAUUUAGAGCAGGAUUCCCAUCUAAUUUAGUUCUAUGUUUGACCUGUAUCCCUCGUGGCCAAGUGGUUAAGGCAUUGGACUAGCUACCUGAAGGUUGUGAGUCGACCUUCGUGAAGGUCUAGCCGAGGGAAUGUGUUGUGUCCUUGAGCAAGGCACUUAAUCAUACAUUGCUCUGCGACGACACUGGUGCCAAGCUGUAUGGGUCCUAAUGCCCUUCCCUUGGAUAACAUUGGUGUCGUGGAGAGGGGAGACUUGCAGCAUGGGCAACUGCUGGUCUUCCAUACAACCUUGCCCAGGCCUGUGCCCUGGAGAGUGAAGGCUUUCCAGGUGCAGAUCCAUGGUCUCGCAAGACUAACGGAUGCCCUUAAUUUAAUUAAUCCCUCUAAAGCAGGGAUUCCGAAACUUUUUUAUGUCAUGGUCCCCUACCAUUAACCAAGAGGUCUGUGGACCCCAGGAUGGAAAAUCCUGCUCUAAACCUUUCCUCUCCACGUACCUGUCCAAGUUACUUUUAAAUGUUGUUAAUGUACCUGUCUUAAUUAAUUCCUCUGGCACUCCCUGGGUGAAAACGUUGCCCCUCAAGUUCCUAUUAAAUUGCUUCCCUGUCACCUAAAACCUGUGCGCUCUAGUUCUUGAUUCCUCAACCCUGGGAAUCAGACUGUAGGCAUUCCCCCUAUCUAUGCCACACAUAAUUUUAUACACCUUUAUAAGAUUAUCCUUUAUUCUCCCAUGAAAAAGUCUCAACUUGCUCGACCUCUCUCCAUAACUGCAUAAUUUCUUGUCACUUUACUGGUUUGGCAAGGGAGGGGUCUCCUGAUGCUGGUUUGUCAACCAGACUAGGACAUUGAGACAUCUGGAUUAAGCAGAUUGUCUUAUGAGGAAGUGCUGAACAGGUGGAUUUGUAGUUGCUAUUUAUUAGAAUAGAGCUGAUCUGAAUUAAAGAUAAAUGUUUGAGGUGGCAUUUAGAGAGGAUGUAUGAAUUGUGGCAGGUCCAAAAAGGUAUACAAAGUCAUGAAGGGUAUAGAUAGGGUAAUUACAAGCAGGCUUUUUCCACUGAGGUUGGGCGAGACAAAAACUAGAGAUCAUAGGUUAAGAAUGAAGAGAGCAAAAUUUAAGGGGAACUUGAGGGAGAACUUCUUCACUCAAAGGCUCAUGCCAGUGUGAAACGAGCUGCCAGUGGAAGUGGUGGACGCGUGUUUGAUUGCAGUAUUUAAGAGAAGUUUGGAUAAAUGCAUGGUUUUUAGGGGUAGAGAGGGCUAUGGACCAGGCGUGCAUCGAUGGGACUUGGCAGAAUUACAGUUUGGCAUGGACUAGAUAAGCUGAAGGGUCUGUUUCUUUGCUUUUGUGCCCUACAAUUUAUGGAGCAUGACUUGGAUUCUGAAUUUGGAGAGCUCGCUCCCUGGAAAGGCUUUCACACUAGAUCUGCAGAAUGGCUCACCUUACUGCUUCAUAUUGAACUGUAGUGUCUGGAACAUAAGACAAACUGCUGGGGGAACUCAGCAGUUCAGGCAGCAUCUAUGCAGACAGAGAAUCAACUUUUUGGGUGAAAUAAUACAAUACAAUAGGAAAUAGUGAAUCUAUGAUUCAUUGCCACAGAUGACUGUGGAGGUCAAGUUAUUGGGUAUAUUUAAUAUGGAGGUUGAUAGGUUCUUGAUUAUUCAAGGCAUCAAAGGUUACAGGGAGAAGGCAGGAGAGUGGGGCACAAAAAAUAAAUCAGCCAUGAUCGAAUUGCGGAGCAGAUUGACGACGUGCUAUAUGUCAGUAAUUUUAAACUUGAUUUCUGACUCUUAACUCUGAAUGGCGUAUUCUGCUCCUAUAUGCUAUGGUCUUAUGGAAACUUAUCUUCCCAUCGAGACAUACUGUGUUGUACCAUUAUUUAACCGUAUAGGAGAAUAUAGUAUUUAAGAAUAUGAGAAGCAUCGAUAGUGUAGAACAUAGAACAUAGAAAACCUACAGCACAAUACAGGCCAUUCAGCCCACAAUGCUGUGCUGAAUAUGUACUUACUUUAGAAAUUACCUAGGGUUACCCAUAGCCCUCUAUUUUUCUAAGCUCUAUGUACCAAAUGUAGUUCAAUUUUUUUUUAGUAAAAUCUUUUUCCCUUGAUAGUGGUAUUAAAAACAAGAGGGCAUGGAUUUAAGGUGAGAGGAAGGAGUUUUAAAGGGGAUUAGAGAGUUAAGUUUCUUUACAUAGGGAGUGGUUGAUAUCUGGAAAGCAUUGCCAAAAGAGGAGGUGGUGGAAUUAGAUAUCAUUGGUACAUUUAUGAGGCAUUUUAGAUGGCACAUAAUAGGCAAGACAUAGAAGCAUAUGGCCGUAAAGAGGGCAAAUUUAGGAUUAGAAUUGAUGGUCAAAAAGAUUGGCAUGGAAGUGGUGGGCUGGUGGGCCGAACGGCCUCCCUCUGUCCUCUGUGACUCUGACUCUAUCCAGAAAAUGUGAUUUCAGACGAGAAUUCUGCAAGUUUUCUAAUGUCACUUUCACUGUUAUAGUGGAAUUAUUAUUCUUUGAAUAUACUUCCAUUAAACUGGGAAUAUACUUUGGCCACCAGUGAGUGAGCUGUGGCUGUUGUGCCCUAUGGAUGUGGGAGGGAACCAGAGCACCUACAGAAAAACCGUAUGUGGUCACAGCGGGAAUCUUUAGACCGCACGGACAGUGCCCCAGGUCACGAUCGAACCCAGGUCCCUGGAGCACCCCAUGUCGCAGGAGGAGGUGUAAGGUAAAUUGUCUUUGCACAGUGACUAGAAACCAAGAGGCCUGGACAGAUAACAGAGACCCUGGUUCAAAUCCCACUGUAGCAGCUGAGGAAUUUAAAUUAAUUUAAUAACCUGUAAUUUAUUUAUAAAAUGUGUUGAAUAAUAUAGUUUAAUAAUGUCCUUUAUGAAAGCAUAUUUGCCAUCCUUAUCCAGGCUGGUCUAUAUAUGACUCCACAUCCACUUCUAGAUGCUCUCUGAAAUCGCUUAGCAACUCAUUCAGAUCGAGAGCAGUUGGGGAUGGACAUUCAGAUAUUGUCAACAAUUACAACUGUUCAAUCACAUGAAAAAAUCUGUAGUAAAAAAAAUACAGCAGGUCAAGCAGCGCCUAUAGAGGGAAGUGGAAUUCAAGAUCAAGUGUAUUAUCAUAGGAAAACUUAUUUGCCAUCUUGAGCCAGGGCAUACCCAGGAUGUAAAAACCAUGACAAUUAGAUUUCUGCAACAGCAGCACAACACAGGCACAAUGACAACUUUUAAAAGCGUGGAUAGGAAGGUUUAGAAGGUUACGGGCCAAAUGCUGGCAAAUGGUACUAGCUUGAAUGGGACAUCUUGAUUGAUAUGCACCAGAUGUGCCGAAGGGCCUGUUUCCGUGCUGUAUAACUCUAUGACAAAUUAACAUAAUUGUUUGACUUGCCCAGAUCCUGAAGGAUGAAUUUAAAAAAGUUAACUGUCUCUAAACAUUCAUUUUAUUAUCAAAGUAUGUAUACAGAAUGCAACUCUGAGAUUUGUCUUCUCUAGAUAGCCAUCAAAUACAGAAAAACCAUGGAAGUUGUUCAAAGAAAUGGCAUCAAUCCCCCCCCAACAGAAAAAGGAACAAAAACUCUAUAUUAAUGCACUGAGGUAGUCAUCUCACAGUGAAACCAUUGUCCUAAAGGAAAAUGAGGGAAAGUUGUAUGAGUUUGCUUUACAAUUGAAUAACAAGGUGAAGUGGGGUCUGAAAUAUCUGAAAGCCUCCAACAUUGGUGAAAAGUCCUUGUAAGAUUCUAUUUUACAUUUGGUAUUUUUAAAUGUUAAUGUAUUUAUAUGCCAUUUAGAGGUACGUCACAGAACAAGGCCAUCAUAUCUUGCCAGAUUGGUCCAAUGAAAGCCUAUAUAUUUAGAAACAUAAACAUUUUAAUACUUUUUGCACUGUUAUAUAAUAACCAAGUCCAAUGUUUUAUAUACUCCAUUUCUCAUAUCUCAUCUUUUUGCAUGUCAAACUAAA